AUGGAGUUCCUAUUGGAAACAGGUUCAUGCUACUCGUUCUGGCUCAUUUCGGUUUUACUGCUGCAGGCAGAGGCUAACCAUGGAGGAGCAGCAGCAGCAAAAGUAACGCACGAUUCCUGCAGGACCACAUCAAGCUGUGGAAGUGGCUCAUCCGCCAUUGACGUCAGGUUCCCAUUCACCAUCAGGGGCAUGCCAUCAUCUUCUGGGUACCAAGGAUUUCCUGGGUUCGAGCUUUCUUGCAGUACUGAAACCAACCAGACUCUGAUACAUCUCCCCCACUCCGCCAACUUCACCGUUCAGAGGAUCGAUUACGAAUCUCAGCAGAUUUAUUUGGGAAGCCCAGAUGGGUGCUUCCCAAGACAACUGCGACACCUGGAUCUCUCUACGACCCGGUUCGUGAUACCGAGGUUGGGACCUAUUACUCACAGCAUUCUCAACUGUUCGAAGGUCAUCACAGGUUCUUCAUCAAAGCCGGUAUCUUGCCUAGGCCCCACGGUCUAUGCCUACGCUUCGAUUUACACUUUGUAUAUGGUCGAUUUUCUGUCUUGUAAGAAGAUGUAUGAAAUUCCAUGGUCCAAUGAUGAUGAUGAUGAGUACGGUGGUAACAGCUUUUCGUUGAGCUGGUCUAAUCCAGAAUGCAGCAGAUGUUACAAGGCCAAGGAGGAAUGUUGCUUGCUGAAGAAGAAACAGAGCAGCGACAUACAUGAAGUGGAAUGUUCGGGAGAUGCCCAUCGUGAUAAAGUUUCGUCCUUCAAGAAGGCAGUCAUAACAGGAGUGACUCUAGGUGCAACCUCCAUUGCGGCAUUGCUCAUUGCGCUCUACCGUGCUUACAAGUUUGAUCGCCAAGAAAAAGAGCAUAGGCUAAAGAUGGAGGUGUUCUUGGAUGAUUACAAGGCUCUCAAGCCUACUCGUUUCUCUUAUGCUGACAUCAAAAGAAUAACAGACCAGUUCAACGAUGAAUUGGGUCGAGGCGCUCAUGGAACAGUGUUCAAAGGCAAACUGUCAAGUGAAAUCCAAGUAGCUGUCAAGGUCCUGGACAACAACUUCACCACAACCAAAGGAAAUGAAGAGGAUUUUGUGAACGAAGUGGGAGCAUUGGCCGGAAUCCACCAUGUUAAUGUGCUUAGAUUGGUUGGAUUCUGCGCAGAUGGGUUCAGAAGAGCUCUGGUUUAUGAGUACUUACCAAACGAUUCACUCCAGAAGUACAUCUCUUACGACGGAACCCAACAAGAUUCCAGCCUUGGGUGGAAGAAGCUCCAAGAAAUCGCUAUUGGAAUAGCCAAAGGGAUCGAGUAUCUUCACCAGGGUUGUCAGCAGAGGAUCCUCCAUUUCGACAUCAAGCCCCACAACAUCCUCCUCGACCAAGACUUCAACCCAAAGAUCUCCGAUUUCGGCCUGGCCAAGCUGUGUGCAAAGGACCAAAGUGCCAUAUCCAUGACUGCAGCCAGAGGAACCAUUGGCUACAUUGCUCCAGAAAUGUUCUCGAGGAACUUUGGGAGUGUGUCAUACAAGGCUGAUGUAUACAGCUUCGGAAUGUUGUUGCUGGAAAUGGUCGGAGGAAGGAAAAAUGUUGAUGUCACUGCAGCAGAUGAGGUCGAUCAUAUAUACUUUCCGGAGUGGAUAUAUAGCCUUUUUCGUGAAUCGGGAGAUUAUGUAAGGUUUGAUGUUGAAGAGGAUGAAGAAGAGGAAGAAGAUGGCAUGAUCAAGAAGAAGUUGGCUAUAGUGGGUCUGUGGUGCAUUCAAUGGAACCCAGUUGAUCGACCUCCAAUGAAGCUUGUGGUACAAAUGCUGGAAGGGGACGGUGACAAUUUAACACCACCUCCUAAUCCUGUUGGCUCUAAUACUGGUGGUGUGGCAAGAAUGUCAGUCAUGGGAAAGCCGCGGCCGCUCCAGGAUUUGGAGAUCAUACCAGAGACGGAAUAAAAGUAUGUUUGAGUCGGGUAAUAGUUAGAAGAAGUGUAUUGUGUUUGGCAUUUGGUGUACUAGGAUUUCAUGAAGUAGUUGAUUGUGGAGAUAUACUAGAAUCAAUACCCACGGCUACACCGCGCGGACUAAAUCGUUCUCUAGACUAUACAAUAUCGAGUAGGUGAAAGGGGAAACACUAACCUUUUGCUUGAAUCUUUC